GCGGGGAUUUCUGUCAGCGUCCCUGAGCUCGGGAACAUGAACGGCUUCACGCCUGAGGACAUGAGCCGUGGAGGGGACGCGGCCGCCGCCGUGGCCGCCGUGGUUGCGGCUGCAGCCGCCGCCGCCUCGGCCGGGAACGGGAGCGGGGCGGGCGCCGGGGCUGAGGUGCCGGGCGCCGGGGCAGUCUCGGCGGCUGGGCCCCCGGGAGCAGCGGGCCCGGGCCCGGGACAACUGUGUUGUCUGCGGGAGGACGGCGAGCGGUGCGGGCGCGCGGCGGGCAACGCCAGCUUCAGCAAGAGGAUCCAGAAGAGCAUCUCCCAGAAGAAGGUGAAGAUUGAGCUGGAUAAGAGCGCAAGGCAUCUUUACAUUUGUGAUUAUCAUAAAAACUUAAUUCAGAGUGUCCGGAACAGAAGAAAGAGAAAAGGGAGUGAUGAUGAUGGAGGGGAUUCACCUGUUCAAGAUAUUGAUACUCCAGAGGUUGACUUAUACCAAUUACAAGUAAAUACACUUAGGAGAUACAAAAGACACUUCAAGCUACCAACCAGACCAGGACUUAAUAAAGCACAACUUGUUGAGAUAGUUGGUUGCCACUUUCGGUCUAUUCCUGUGAAUGAAAAAGACACCCUCACAUAUUUCAUCUACUCAGUGAAGAAUGACAAGAACAAAUCUGAUCUCAAGGUUGAUGGUGGUGUUCACUAGGAGAGGUGGCUCCAUAUUACAGCUUGGAUGUUCAGAUGCUCAAGAAUGUCUACUGUCUUUCACAUGUAGAACUGGUUCUUGUGUAUUUUUUCUACAGAGAAUUUUCUCUGGUUUUGCUAUCUUUUUUUGUUGUUUCUGACUCUAAUAAUUAGGUGGAAACUCAUACAAAAUGAGAUUCCUAGAUUUAAAAUAUUUUAAAUAAAGAUGAUUACUAUUA